UUUAAUCCUUAUUUAAUGGAAUUAUAACUGAAUGACUGGAUAGGGACAGUUUUGCGCAAAUAGCUAGGAUUUGCGUUUGUGCUGGAUAUACACUUUGGAUAAACGCCAAAUUCACACACUUCACCCCUUGUUGUACCAUAUUUUAAAAAGAUUUGCCGAGUGUGUUAUUCUACACGAUGGCAACGAUACACACACCUGGUUUUAACUCGCCUAUAAUACGAACAGUUAACUCUCCAGUGGCGAAUGGAUCACAAACACCCAUAACCCACUUUGAUGUUCAUUCUCCGGUAGCACAAUCGCCCACUUCGUACUCUUUGGCUGGAGCCAUUGAGGUGAAUAAGCCUGCAGGCGUUCAAAACAUGGCUGGUUUAAACACGGUAGACUAUACUUCUGGUGCUCUAUCGGAUUUUCAACAAACCAGGGAGAUUCCUACAGUAUACCUUCCUCCAAUACAAUAUAGGUAUGACCCAGCAACAGGGAAAUUGAUACAGGUUGGUGAUAACCAGGCUGGUGUUGCUACUGCUCCUCCUCCAAGCAUUCCCGGGCAGUAUGUAUCGGGACUUGCGGCUCAAUACGGACAAACUGUUCAGCCUCAGUUUGUGCCUUCUAAUGCACAGAAUGUUGAAACAAAGUAUUCGACUACACAGAUGCCUCAAGUGCAAUAUAGACCUGCCUCAGUACAAUACGGAGCUGCACCUCAGACACGCUAUGUAGCCACAACAGUGCAAACGGAACAACCACAACCCAUACCAAAUUUGGGUCAAACAGAUUUUAGUCAUAUAUCGCAAAUACCUACAGUAUAUGAAACAUUUAAUGCUGGUGGAUAUAACGGAGCCCCUCAAGCUAAUGUACCAUUUAGCCAGUUAUCGGCUAGACACACUCAACCAGUCGCUGGUGCUUUUGGCCAGCAGGCAUUUGGAGGAUUCUCUGAUACAACAGAGGCAUCAAGGUUUGCUGGAUCUCCAACCAAUGGGUAUAGAAAUGACCCUGGAGCUCGUUUUGUUCCUGAAGCGCAACAGAAUGAGAGAGCCAGAAGUGCUACUAGUGGAUUUGGAAAUGCUCCUCAUGGAGCUACUGGAAGUGCCCGCGUUGUCAAUUCGGUUGCUUCAAAGGCCUUUUCCAACUUUGAGGAUACAGCAGCCAGAAUAUUUUCUGCCCCUGAUUCUUUUAGUGCUUCAAACAUCAGGGAUGCGGCUUUUGGCAUGUUGCAUCCCAAUUCAUCAAACUUUGCGAGGGCUGCUACGUUUAAACUACAAAGACUGGAAAAUGUUCCAGUGAACCCUCUGAACACUUCAAAGGUUGCAUUUGGUGUUGUAGCAUACUUUGAUGUGAAUACAGAAAACUACAAUGUCUACAAGUCUAAUUUACAUUGGGGACUUCCAUCAAAGAUUUCUGGACUUGUAAAUUGCAAUUUUAUGAGCGAGAUUGUCAAGAUACCCUGGCGUGGCGAAGAAUUUGUGUACCUUAAAAUAUUGGAACAAGUUGGACAGUCUACUUGUGUACUUGGAAGACUGCAGCUAAAGCUUGCAACGUUGGUUUCUGGUCAUCCACUAAGGAUUCCCAUUAUUGGCGAUGAUGGAAACAAUAAGGGGAACGCAAUUUUAGAAUUUUCAGUGGGAUCGAUUAGCGUUUCCGAGAACAGGAGAUUUAAUGAAGAAGCAAACCGUGUAGCGGCCUUUGUGCAAGAGCGUGAAGAAAGAUCAAAGUGCAACAGGAUGCCAGAUUAUGCCACUGCCUUACAAGAGAGGCAACAAUUUGAAGCGGGAAGAUAUGAUGAUCUUGGACAAUCCUCAAGAACACGUCGUGUGGGUCCCAAUUUGCACGAGCACGAGCUCCAAAUUCCAAAGGCCCUUGACCAGCUGGUUCGUUGGUGCUGUGAUAUCACUGAUCGUGAUUUGUACUAG